AAAAGCUGGUCGUGAGAGGUCGGGUCAGGUCGUCUUCCUGCAAGCAAACCCGUCCAAAAGAAACCUCAACAAUCGGAAGAAAUUCUCCAUCUUUUUUCAAUUGCUCAGAAAAAAGGGAACACUUUAGCUUUUUUCUGAAGAAGAAUAAGACCGAGGAGAAGAAACCCCGAUUACCGGAGACACCUGGAGUUUCAUUCGGGUUUCGACCCGAAUACCCGGAAAUGAAGGUAGGUGGGAAGAAGAAGACCCAGAUGGCUAACGACGCCGUUGAGGCGGAUACGGCAGAGAGUAACGGCGGGGAGAGUUCGAAGAGGGCCUUCACCGGCGCCGGCGACGACGGCGGAGGAGGAUGUGACGGUGGGGAGUCGGCUCUCCGCGAGGUGGGUGAUGAUGUGCAUAACAAGGACUGGGAAGAAGUAGGGGACGGAGAAGAAGAUGAUGGUGGAGAAGAGGAGAGGCCAAAGCUAGACGAAGGGUUCUUCGAAAUCGAAGCCAUUCGUCGUAAGAGAGUUAGAAAAGGCAAGCUCCAGUAUCUUGUCAAAUGGCGUGGAUGGCCCGAAGCUGCGAACACUUGGGAGCCUUUGGAGAACCUGCAAUCUUGCUCCGAUUUUAUCGAUGCAUUUGAGGACAGUUUUCGACCAGGAAAGCAUGGCAGGAAGCGGAAACGCAAAUCUGGAGGUUUUCUUUCUCACACAAAGAAGAAGCAGCCACGUUCAAUGUCUGCUUCUCAUGAUGCUACCGGUGCUCUAACUGUUGCCUUUGGAAAAUCUCCAUCUUCUACAUCUCCAAGCAUCUCUACCUUUCCAACUGACCUCAAUGGUUCGACUAAAAAAAGGGGCCGGCCAGUGAAAAAGACUUGCCUUGACAACCAGGUUGAUGGAAAGAGAGGUAGUGCAGGUGGAGACCAAGUCAAUUCGGAGAAAGAAUAUGAUCCCACACUUAACGAGCUUAGAGGACCAGUUUCUCGUAGUGAGGUCUAUUCAUUCAAUAACUCUGUGGAAUGUUCCCAUGGCGGUAUUGGCUCUGAAGGUGAUGCUCCAACCAAUGGCCUUCUUAAGGCUUGUUCUAAGGAGGUUGAUAAGAGCAAUCAGUGCAUAGGGGCCAAGCGAAGAAAGUCUGGUUCAGUGAAAAGAUUUAAACAGGAUGCCACUACGAGUAACCCUACUAUAAAUCCGGAUCUCACCCGUGAUUUGAUUACGUUAGACUCUUUUGGUGCAGUCUCGAGGUUAGGGACUGAGUAUCCUGGUAUGAUGGAAAAUGGGUUGUCCCAGAAAAGCAAGACGGAGGAGUUGAAUAUCACAAAGAUCCUUAAGCCCAUAAGCUUUUCGGCUUCCAUAUCAGACAACAUUCAGGACGGGCUGGUGACCUUCAUGGCACUGAGGGCUGAUGGGAAAGAAGUGAUGGUGGACAACAGAUUUCUCAAGGCUCACAACCCUCUUCUGUUGAUCGACUUCUAUGAGCAACAUCUCAAGUACAAUCCUACUUCUUGAUUCAGCCAUAAAUUUACAGGGCAAAAAAAAAAAAAGGGUAAGAAUUGUCUGUACACAGCAUUGUAAUUCUGUAGGCAGACAAGAUUAGUUUGCUUUGUUUUUUUCUCAAGAAGCGGUUUGUAGGGUAGGUUUCGAUAGCACAGUGUCUAACGAGGUUCUUAAGAUGGGCUUAUCCGUAGAUGUUAUCAAUCGUUUCAUCGUCGAGGUUUGUGGAGAUUUGUUGAACUACUUGUUCAAAGAGAAGGAAGUCUGUGAAGGGAUCGAGGGGGAGGAACAGUAGUAGGAUAGGUUUAGUUCCUCCAGAUAUGGAACUUCCACAAGAAAGGUCCCAUUUGAGAAUCCCAAGGACAUUGGCUUUCAGAUGUUCCACCUGGUUCUUUUUCCAUCUCCAACUCCAACUGGGUUCUCUGUAAAAGAAUCUGUUAAACGCUUUAGAUGUAACACGUUUCUCUGCAGUGUUGAGUUUUGUAACGACUUCCUCCUCCCAUCUUUGGGGGUCCAUGUUUUAGAUUGUGGAAACUCUGUUCCAUGAAUGCUCUGUUUGAGCCAUACAUGCAUUAAUACCAUAGAAAGAGACAUUGAUGUCCUGUCUCUCAUUA